AUGUCGUAUCCAGGCUACGGCCAAUCCUACGGCCAACCGCCCCCUCCUCACCAAGGCUACGGUCACUAUCCUCAAGCUCCUCCGCCUCCUCACGGACAGUACCCGCCCGCCGGCCAAUAUCCCCCUCAGCAGGGAGGAUACUACCAGCAGCCUCCGCCGCCCCCGCCGGGCCAGUACCCCCCGCAGCAGUCUCCGUAUGGCCAUCACCCGCCGCCCCCGCCGCCUGGUCAGUACGGCGCUCCUCCGCCCCAGCAUUACGGACACCACUCCCCGCAUUAUGGCGCUCCUGCUCAACCCACGCCGCCCACGUUGGGCUACGGCGCACCUCAGAUCAUUCAAUGGGAUGCCUCUGGAGAUGCCCAGGCGCUGCGGAGCGCCAUGAAGGGAUUCGGCACGGACGAGAAGGCGCUCAUUCGCGUCCUGUCCAACAAGGAUCCAUUGCAGAUCGAUCUCCUCCGAAACACCUUUGACCGCAACUUUAGGCGCAGCUUGAUCAAGGACAUUAAGAGCGAGACGAGCAGCUGGUUCGAAAAGGCACUGGUGCAGCUCGCCCGCGGCCCGUUGCUGGCCGAUGUCCACGGCUUGUACGACGCCAUGGCAGGCCCAGGCACCAAGGAAGUCGUUCUCAACGACAUCCUGCUCUCCAGGUCCAACGCCGACAUGAAGGCAAUCAAGAGUGCAUACAAGCAGACGUUCCACAAGAGCCUCGAGGACGCGGCAAAGGGCGACCUGAGCAUGAAGACGGAGAGGCAUUUCCUCAUGGUCCUGUCGGCCAACCGCGCCGAGGACGCCGCGCCAGUGAUUCCGCAGCAGGUCGACGACGACGUGAUGCAGGUUUACAAAGCUACCGAGGGCAGGAUGGGCACAGACGAGCUCCUAGUCUGCAGCAUCCUCUCCUACAGAAACGACAAUCAGAUCCGCGCCAUCGCGCACAGCUACAAGCAAAAGUUCAACCGCGACCUGGAAAAGGUCAUCAAAUCGGAAUUUUCCGGGCACAUGCAAGACGCGCUUCUUUUCCAGCUGCGUUAUGCCGUGGACAAGUAUAUGCAUGCCGCAACGCUUCUCGAGGAAUCCAUGGCGGGCCUGGGCACCAAGGACCACCUCCUCGUCUCCCGCGUCGUCCGCUUCCACUGGGACCGCAACACAUUAGCCAACGUCAAGGGCGCCUACCAGCAAAAAUACAGCAAGAGUCUUGGAAGCCGCAUCAAGGGCGAGACAUCGGGCGACUACGGAAGAUUGAUGUUGGCGUGCAUCGGCGACUAG